UAGCUGGCAAGCUGGGUUCCAAAAAUCUGUCACCAUUCCAAUGCGACGCGUCUUCGUAUGGCGAGCAGAGAGCGAAGCAGAGGAGAGAGAUAUUUAGAGCGAGACAGAUUUCUUUCUCCACUGCCGAAGAGGAUAAUGCAGCAAUGAAUAAAUAAAUAACGACCUAGUAAAACUCUUUGACAGUAUGACAAGAUCUCCUCUGACUUCUUCUGCUAAAGACACGACACAGCCUGACGCAGGCAUGUAAUAUCUGUCUCAAAUCACGUUAAAGCGAGCUGCAUAAAUAAUGCGGGCGUGAGUAAUAUAUACUGUAAACGAAGGGAGAAAUCAGGGAGGAUAGCGGAGGGCCAGUGGUAAGCGGCUCACCACUACGAGCCUGUCGUCUGUGCCAGACCAAAGGCGGUGAGAGCGGACCGAGACAGCAAUAUGUCGAACCGAAAACAUCGGGACAACCAAGAGAUAUGCGCCCGCAAGGUCCGGGAGUUGGCCCAGGCUGGAGUAAACAAACACUGCUUCGAGUGCAGUCAACCCGGGGUGACUUACAUUGAUAUCACCGUGGGCUGCUUCGUAUGCACGUCGUGCUCUGGAAUGCUGAGAGGACUCAACCCUCCCCACAGAGUCAAGUCUAUCUCCAUGACAACCUUCUCCCAACAGGAAGUGGAGUUUCUGCAAAACCAUGGCAAUGAGGUGGGGAGGAGGACUUGGCUGUGUGUCUUUGAGCCAAAGACAGAUGGAUGCUUCGAUACAAGGGACUCCCAGAAACUCAAGGAGUUCCUCCAGGACAAAUACGAGAAGAAGAAAUGGCAUUUUUCGAAGAACAAGUGCCGGAGGGAGGUGGAGGGACCCUGGAGCCCGCCGGGGGUGCAGGCUUUACCCUCCUCUCACGGCCCCCCGCCCGCCCAGGCCCCAUCCCACACCAUGCUCCCCUCGGCCAGACGCACACUGUCCCAGUCCCAGCUCUCGUCAAGAGUCCCCGCUAUCUCCCCUGCGGACAUGAAGGCGGAAGUGUUUACCGCCCGUGCUCCCUCACGCUCCCAGAGCUUUAGAGACCCCCCUAUGAAAGAGUCUCUACUGAGAGGUAUAGAGAGACAACGUCCAGGCUCUCUGUCUUCAGCGAUGGGACCCCAGAGCCACGCCCCCUCCUUUCCUGCACUCCCUCGACCCUCAGGUCGUAUAGUGUCCUCCUCGGGGGGCUUAGCCCCCUUCAGGGCCUUCCCUAAGUCUCUGAGUGUGGAUUUUGGAGGGCUCAGCCAGCAGCACAGUCACAGUGCCCUCAGCAUCACCCCCCCAGCCCCAGCCCCCGGCCCAAACACACACACAAACCACCAAGACCGCUACGCUGCCCUGUCCCAACUAAACAGUGUCUUCUCUGACAUGUCGCCUGGACCAGGACCUACAGCACCCCCCGGUGGACUACCCCAGUAUAGCACCCUAUUUGGGAACCGCCUGUCCUCCAGUUCCACUCCUGCCAGCUCUCCAGGUGUGGAUGCCGUGUCGGGAUCCCAAACAUUUGCAAACUUCCCCAACCCGUUCAGCUCCAGUUCCAGCUCUCAGCAGCAGCAGCCUGCCCUAUCCCCCAGUAACCCCUUCAACAGCUCCACCUCAGGAGGUGACUCCAGUGGGUUCGUCAGCUCUCCAACCUCAGUGUUCCUCCCGUCCACCACCUUCCCAACUCCCGCUACCCAGAAUGCAUUUCCACACAAGCAUGCCAACAACCAGGAAGCCAACGGUUUUGCCUCUUUCCCUGCACCGGACUCUCAACCCAAAGUUCCUCGUCCAAUGUCAGUGAACCCAUUCACUGGGAAUGUUUACCCGGGUAGAGGAACGUCGCGAAACCCUUUCAUCUGAUACCGGCGCCCCCGGCUACCCCCCGAUUACCCACCCCACCCCUGGGCACAUGAAGACCAGUGAACUAUUUCCAUGCCUCUAGAGUAUUUUGACCUUCAGAGAGAGAGGGGAAACGUUCAUGCAGGCUCCUCUCCCCUCUAUGUGUGUGUGUGUGGAGUCUCUGUACAGUAAUGUUAAUCCGUUAAAAUAAUGUGUACAAGUGCGUGUCUGUGUGUGUUUUGAGUGUGUGUGUGUGUGUCUGUGAGUGACCAUAUAUCAAAGGUGUUUGUGUGACAUUAAAAUCCACCUCAGGGCUCUGUGGGUGUCAUCACCAAGACACACACACACACACUUCGCUGUUUCUCCCAUGUCCCGCGUCUGUGCAAAAAUAGUCCCAUUCGUAAAACAGUACACCAAAUCAUCACAUUCUGCUUGCUUUUUGGAGACACAUCUGAAAACUGCCUUCAAAAACUCCCCAAAACUAGCCAGUCCAGUCAGUCGGUCAGUGUGUAUCAAGUUACAGACUUUGAGAGAUAUCCCUCUUCAAGGCUAUGAGAGCUGAACAAGAUGACAAGAGCAAAAAAUUAUGACAAGCAAGCAUUUUUUUCUCCUUAGUGAUGGUUAUGGCAGCCUUAACACAAUAUCCUCCUAAUGCAUGUAGAUAAGACAUUACAGACAAGCCCGUCUUUUCCCCCCAUGUGCUGUGUGUGUAUGUGGAAAACACGUUUGUAUUGUUUUAUAUGUCAGUUGUUUUUGUCUGUGUAAAUCAUUUGUGUUUCAGUCUCAGGCUGCAUGCGCUUGGAGGUCUGCAAGAGGAGAUACUACUGAAUGUAAAAGCUAUUUUCAAAACAAAAACGGUGUUAUUUCUCCCUGUAGUGGACCAAAUGUUUCUUGUUCUUUUGGGUGAAAAUAUGGAGGUGAAAUUGAUCUCUUUCUUUUGUUUGCAAGAGUUCUAUUGAGAAAGUAUUUAUAAUGAUAAUUGUCCAUGUUCAUACAUUUAAAUAAUAUCUGUUGCUUCUUUAAA